AUGAUCGGAGACGAAAAGGGACCGCAAGCAACAUCUUCUUUCUUUCUUCUUUUCCUGAUUCGCUAUGAAGCACGAAUAAGGAGUCGAUUUUUCCGGCGGUUCAAGCCUUCAAUCGAGGUUGUGGGAGUUGAGAAGGGCAGCAACAGCCGGAGAGGGUGCUUGUGGUGGUGUUUCUCGGCAAAAGGCGGAAGGGAAGGGGAUAUGGAGGGAGGAGGGCCGGAGGCUGUCGGCUUGAAUCAUAUCAGAGGCUGUCAAUCUUCUGCGUUCUCGACCUACCGAAUGGAAACAACCGAAGAUAGCAGAUUGAACUCUGAAAUAACAGAGAAAGUUGUCCAGAUUUUUUCACAUUUCAUGGAAAGGGUUGCCAAAUAUGAGGAGCAAGUUGUUACAGGGAAUAGAUUUCUUGAUAACUUCCGUCAAUCACUCGAUUUCAUUCGAAGACCCUCCAUUGACAACACAUCACAACUCUUUGAAAAUGUCAUUAAAGCUAACAAUACCGAUAGACUCCAAUCUUACAUUAAAGCUGGAUACACACACGCUUCUGAUAGAGCUGAAAAUCUCAACAAGUUGCAUAAAAACCAUAUCCAAUUGUUGGAUAUUGCAAAUAAAGGAAAUAGUAUUAUCAAAGAACUUGAAUCCCUUGUUGAGGAUUUAAAUCUUGUAAUAGAAUCUGCAAAUGAAACCUUACCACAAGAUCUUACUCCUGAUUUGGAUGAUAUAUUCAAUGAGGAGCAAAUAGUGACAUUUGUCCCUGAGAAAUCUAAGGUUAUUGAUUAUGCAACCAUGGUAGCUUUGGUAUAUAGCAUGGUGAAAAAGGAUUACCUUAUGCAGGAAAAGAUUGUUUCUACUCUUAAUCUAAAGACAUCAUCAGAAGAACUAGAGACAUAUUGUUUGAUGUGGUCGUUACGCCCUUUUGUGAAUGAUGAAAUUAUGCAAAAAGCUUGGAGAUUAAUUCCAUAACUCGUUUUGAAUCAUUUUAAUGUAAUGAGAUAAUCAUGAUAAUAUGGUUUUGGCUUUUGAUUUAAAGAUUUGUUUUUCGAUAAAGUUAAUUAAUUAAUCAAAAUAAAAGUUAAAAAAAAAACAUCUCUAAUUUCAGUUGCAAAUGCUACCUACACACCUAAUUACUCUGUCACAAAAAACAUACAAACUUGUUUCAAAUUUGCACAUCAUCAUUCAACUUCUCUCCUCUUCCUUUAAUGGCUUCACAACAUCUUCAAGAUUCACCUUUUCUUUAGUUCGCCGGAUAGUCACCGGAAAAAGCUGAUUAGGCGGCGGUGGUGGCGGAGCUACACUCAUUUGUGGCGGCAGAGCAGAGAAAACAGGAAUUGUGUUACGUAUAGUGACAGGUGGUGCGAUCCUACAAUGAGCCAUAAAGUGGCCCACAGGAACAUAUGGUGGUGAUUCAGCUGUAGGGAACUUGUGGGGCCCAGUUGUGGUAGUUUUAGGGCAUAUUAAAGGAAGGAUUUUUGAAGUUGUUGUAGAUGAUUGAGGUGAUUGUGUAGUAGCUAGUUUUGGUUUUGGUGUUGGAAACUUAAUUGGAAAGGGUAUAUUAGUCAUUUUCGCCUUUAACCUAAACUUCUGUAAAGCACGAGCUACCGUGACAUGUUCUUGCUCCUCAAUCUCAAUGUUACCUUUUUGUAAUGAAAAAGUUUCUGAUUGUUGGGCCAAGAGUUUUAGAGAUAACCAAGCAGACAUGGCUGCGUUUUUUUCAGCUUGCUUCUUGUUCUUAGCUGCUUCACCUGUAAAUAUGCAACCGGCCAAAUCUACAGUGCAGGUGAACACAGGGAAAUGCCCAAGUCCCGAUCUAGUGGUUGUGUAUGUUGGUAAUGACGAUCCUACCCUUUGAGACACCUCUUGCAAAAGGUUCUUGUACACCCCUGUUUCGUCCUGUAUUUUAGCAGCUAAAGAAUUAGAGGGGCCAUGGGUAGCAAGCGAAUUGAGAGCCACCUCAGCGGCGGAAUGCUCCGCCUGUCUCAGCGUCGUGCAGUAGUUCCGGCACUCAUAUGUAUCGCCGUUGAAGUUAACAGUGGCCUUGAAACGCGGCGCGUGAUCUGGACCUUCUCUGAUACACGUAUACGACGGCAAGUUAAAGCAGCUCCUCUGAGCCAGCUCUUGAAGCUGGUUCUUAUACAUUUCUUUCUCUGAAACCGAUCUCGAAGAAGAAAAAAAGGCCCAAAUCUCUCUUCUAUUAACUUCAAUCAAACCGUGUAGUAGUAAUGCUGAUCGUCGAUUUCGAUCCGAACAUUCAAAGAUCGUUAUCUAGGGUUUGGAUUUUACAGACAAAAGUUGUAUGUGUGUACAUAUAUGUGUACCAACGUAUCGAUAUAGACAGAUAAAGCAGAGAGAUUUUGCAGAAGUACGAAAACAACAAAGCGAGAGAGAGAGAGAGAGGUUUGUCGGUAUCUGAGAGACUGAGAGAUUCGGUAAAUGAGAUGCGGUACAUGGCGUGUAUUUUAACAUCCUUUCCAUCGCACACAACGUGGCUUACCAUUUUAAGGGUG